CGGGCAUCAAGCAUUGAGAAACGUCAAGUGAGCAUACUCAAAAGCCAUGGAUACCGCCCUUCUCACGCCCCUAUCUACCAUCGAGCAGCGCCUCAACGCCCUCAUAUCCUCAAUAACUUCGUCUCCAACCGCUGCAGGUGCACCCGCGGCGACCCUCGCCCUUCUCGAAGCAGACGACAGCCUGACCUCUGCACUAGAAACGCUGCGAACGCAUCAAGCGAAUUAUGCCAAAAUACUCCAGUUGCGCGCUGAGGCGAAGAGCCUGGAAGAGAGAGUGCGCGACAUAGUCCGUGAAGUCGGCAAGAUGGGCGAUGACAUCUCGGCACUGGCCGGCGACGAUGACAAGGAAAGUGAGGAGGACGACGAGCCCGUUACCGGCCCGCGCAAAGACGGAGAAGACACCACGAUGGGCGGGACAGCUACAAAUGCCGAGCAAGAAUCGCUGCGACGACGCAAAAACGAGAUUGACUACAAACUCCUCCUCGACUUCGCCCGCCGGAUCAGCAAAUAUAACACUCAAGCCGCGUCCGCGGCAACGUCAGGCGCGAUUCCUACGAAACGCUCUCUGCAUAAUGUGCAGGAACAAGGUCGAGAGCAAGAGCAAAGUCUGCAAAAAGGGACAGAUGCCAGCGGCAUGGCAGAGAUCACUAAACAGUCUACGAUUCAGUUGGAUGCUUCGGCAGAGUCUAUCCGCCAAGCUUGGCUCUUACCGUACCCGAAUGAUGAUAAGAUACGUAUGGGAGUGAUGGGAAAACUGCAAGCUGCUGUUGCAGCCAGCGGUGGACGCGAUGAUCGGGAUAUAGAGAGGGAGGUGGAGAAAAUAAUGCUUGCGGUGGAAGGUGGCACUGAGCAGACGGAGCAGACGUCCAUAGAAAAGGAGAAUGCAGGGGGGGGUUCCGGCCAAGCAGUCCAGACGAGUGGACAGACUGCUGCUGGAGGAAUUGGUGCCGCAUCUAUCGGAAGCGUUGCUAAGCCGCCAGCAGCUCCGAAGGCGAAACUGGAUUUGGAUUUGUAUGACCCGGAUGAAGAUGAAGGUUAAAAGUAUGAGAGCUUUUGAUUUCUAUGGAUCUCUAUCAUAGAUUUCAGAUGACUUGAUGCAAAGUCUAAAAAGUGCAACAAAGCAAUAAUCUAUUCCCCAAAA